CCAAUGAGAGGCAGCUAACUCUUGAAAGACAGGAGGCCGGGGACAGCAGACUCAGUAGUGGUCGGUGAAGGGCACGGUUCACAUUGCUGUACGAAGAGAAGGACUAGAACAUGGCAGGAGGACACGAUUCAGGAAACUACCAAUUCACCGGCAUAAAGAAACACUUCAAUUCCUACACUUUGCUUGGAAGGAGGAAUUGUGUGAUAGCCACAUAUGGGGCCAUAGCUGCAAUCAUUCUUUUCUUUAAAUUAAAACCUAAGAAGCAAAAGGCAAUAACUGAGCAUUAGAGGGCCAAAAGGCUUGAAGCAAGAACAGUCAGGCGGAUCCCUUCUCAAACAUUUAUGUCCUCAUGUUUAAACAAAAAAAAAAGUACAUGUGUAUUAUCUUUAUUUACAAAAUGUUGAGUUAAAAAACUGUACAAAAGGAGGCAUUGACAUCCUGCCAUUGUGUUCAUGUUAAACAGUUUGUUGGAGGUAUAUGAUUAAAUAAACAUUACGUUUCAGAAGAA